UGGUUACGAUGCUCUACUAUUGAACACUCCUGCUGCUGCUGAAGCUGAAAUAUCUAACACCUCGAAACACGUGCCACGUUCUACAACCUCGCACACGCAAACCCAAGCCAAUGCGUUUGUCAAUGAUGUGAUUGUUGGGGACAUAUUAGAGAUCCACCUCCGAAACAACCUGACGGACCUGGCCAACUACCCCAUCAACAUUCAGAUGGGUGGCGGGCUGGUGGUCCGGGGGGAUAACUGCCAGGAGGUGGCGGCGGGGGAAAUGUGCGUGUAUCGCUGGCUGGUGCCGGUCAGCGCCGGACCUGGACCAGCCGACUUCAGUACGACGGUGUACGGCUACACGAGUACGGUAGAUGUGGCAUCAGCACCCGUUGCUGGUCUGGCGGGCGCUCUGGUGGUAGCGGCUCCCGGUGUGCUGCAGCCCAGUAAGCUACAGCCAGGGGCGGUAGUGCCUGCCGGAGUGGACCUCAUGAUUCCGCUGUAUUGGCAGAUUAUCAAUGAGGAGCUCAGCCCCUACUGGGAUGUCAACCUAGCGGCGUCACAAAUCAACGAGACAGAUCUGGACGCGGGAACCAGCGCAGUGUAUCAUGAGGGCAAUAGGAAACACUCCAUCAACGGUUUCCUGUACUGCAACCUGCCGGGACUAAACAUUCCAGCUGGCGCUACUGUGCGGUGGUUACUCGUUGCGUACGGCACGGAGGGCGACUUCCAUUCGCCGUACUUCAUGGGUCAGGUCACCAAGGUGGACGUUAAUGGCUUCAGCACCUUGGCUUCACUCAUGCCGUC